AUGAAUUGUCGACCGUUCAAGUUGAUAACAUUUGAUAUAACUGGAACUUUAUUAAAAUAUCGAAGUUCUCCAGCUAUAGAAUACUCAAAUAUAUUAAAUAAGUAUGGCAUAGAAGUAAAAUUAUCAACUCUUGAGAAUUUGAUUAAUAAAAAUUGGACAUUCAUGACAAAAGCACAUCCAAAUUUUGGCCUUUAUACUGGCCUUGAAUGGGAAAACUAUUGGAGAAUUUAUGCACAAAAUGUUUUUAGCAAAGCAUUUCAGAUAGAAAAUAUCACUGACAAUGUACCUCUGACAGACAUAAUUGACGAAUUGAUGAUGACGUACAGUACUGGAGAAACAUUUAAAGUACAAAAUGGAGCUAUUGAGUUAUUGGAUUAUUUGAAAAAAGAACAAGUACCAUUGGGAGUUCUGUCUAAUUAUGACCCAAGAAUUAAAUCUAUGAUAGAAAAUCUGGGUCUCUCUCACUAUUUUAAAUUUAUCUUGUCAUCUUACGAAGUGAGGUCUGAAAAGCCUGAUAUUAAAAUAUUUAGAAAAGCAGAAUCAUACAUUGAAAAGGGUAUAAAUCGUGAGUUAUUUUUGCAUAUUGGUGACUCAUAUUUGUUGGACUUUAAAGGUGCAAAAAAUGCUGGGUGGUCUGCAUGUUUAGUUCAUAUAGAUAAAAAUAUAAUUGAACAGUAUCCAUGUGUGAGCGGUUGUAUAUUUGAAGAUUUUAUAGCUUUAAAAAGGUUUUUAGUGACAUGCAAUUCAAAAAAAAUGUAUUCUGAACAAUAG